AUGGCAAAUCAGCAACAAUCAUACACCAUCUGGUCUCCUCAAGAUACUGUCAGGGAUGUUGCAGACUCUCUGGGUAUUUCAAACAUCAGCGAGGAUGUAUUGAGGUCCUUGGCAAUGGAUGUUGAAUACCGUAUCUUGGAAAUUGUCGAACAGGCCGUCAAAUUCAAAAGGCAUGCCAAAAGAGAUGUCUUGACCACGGAAGAUAUAUCAAGGGCACUCAGAGUCCUGAACGUUGAACCUCUCUAUGGGUAUCAGGAUGGAUCAUCACGUUCUAAGGAUGCGAGCUUCUCUAAAGUGACAACACAAGGCGGUCAGACAGUGUAUUACUUAGAUGACGAAGAGGUUGAUUUCGAUAAACUCAUAAAUGAACCCUUACCACAGGUACCCAGAAUACCCACUUUUACAACGCAUUGGCUGGCAGUUGAGGGUGUGCAACCAACUAUUCCCCAGAAUCCAAGCUUGAAUGAUGUUAGAAUGUCCCAGCCUCCAAUAGUUAGGGGUGCCAUUGUGACAACAGUAAACGAUACAAGCCUACAAACUACGGUAUCGGAAGAAAAAGAGACACAUCAUGUAUCGACUGUGAAGCCGGGGCAAGCAAAUGAAGUCAAGCCGCUUGUAAAGCACGUCUUAUCGAAAGAAUUACAGAUCUAUUUCGACAAAGUAGUGAGUGCUCUAACCUCAAGAGAUCAAAACGAAAAAAGCCAGCACUUACGUACUGCUGCCUUGACGUCUCUGAGCUCGGACACCGGUUUGCAUCAAUUAGUUCCUUACUUCAUUCAGUUCAUAGCUGAGCAAAUUACUCACAACUUAGCAGACCUCGAACUCCUGACUACAAUGCUUGAAAUGAUUUACAGUUUACUCAGUAACGAGUCUGUUUUUCUAGAUCCUUACAUUCACUCUUUGAUGCCUUCCAUACUGACGUUGCUGCUAGCUAAAAAACUCGGGGGUAAUCCGCCAGCAAAUCAAGCCAAAGAACAGCAAGGUUCUCCCCCAGUUCCUUCGGUUUCGCUUCCAGACAUUGAAUUUUUAGACAAGACGAAUGCAUUACGAGACUUUGCUGCGUCCUUGCUUGACCAUGUCCUACAAAAAUUUCCUCAAGUGUAUAAAUCUUUGAAGCCCCGUGUAAUGAGAACACUAUUGAAGACAUUCCUUGACACAAAUCGCUCAUUUGGUACUUAUUAUGGCUGUAUGCGUGGUGUAUCUGUAUUGGGUCCUGAAUCUGUCAGGUUCUUCCUUGGAAAUCUAGCAAGCUGGUCUAAUUUAAUAUUUGGUCACAACUCAUCAGCGGAAGAUUCAAGCACCAGCAGUGGACGAUUUUCAAAAGCCGAGAAUGAACUUCUGUGCAAGGUUAUAGUUGAUGCAUUAUGUGUCUUGAAAAAGGAUUUACCAUCGGGCCAAAAGUAUGAAGAUGAUGUGUCAGACGAAGAGAAAGAUAGACUGGUCAAAAGAUGUGGGCAUACCAUUGCCAACUAUAUAUUACAAAGAGAUGAUGCUAAAGAAUUGAUUGCGGCUAUCUUUUUUGGUGAAUAG